GGCUCCUGCGGUGGAGGUCAGACGAGUAGCUGUGGGACUCCAACUUUUAAAACAAUCAAUUUCCACUAAGAGUCAGUGGGAGCUGGGCUAGAGUGAAUGGCACAGGACGUGGAUACGCAACUUUUUGAACGUUGAACGGGACAGGGCUUUGGAGAUAAAUCUUUGGAGUGUGAAAACUGGAAUACAACCAACAUUUUGCUUGGGGCAUUUUACAAGGUUGAGUGGAGACCAUCUCUGAGAAAAAUCUGAAACACAAGCCAGUCCGGAUGGCAGGCGUUUGGGGGUCAGCCUGCACUGGACUCAGGCUCUAGCAGCCCAUAGGGCCUUCACUUCAGCUCAGAACAUUUCACAGGAAGUGUGCCCAUGAGGUCGUUGAUGCUGGUCCUGCUCUUCCUGAUCAGCGUCCAGGCUGCAAUCAACAUGGGAGGCCACACCCAGGCGCAGGGGCCAGCCAGUCAGCACACAGUAGCAGAACGUUUACCCAGAUCUCAUAGCCAGCCCAAAAAGGACACACAUUACGAUGACCAGAUUCCCACCGUGGACCCCAAACUCUUCAACAAGCGCCGCUACCGAUCACCUCGCGUGCUCUUCAGCGAUGUUGUCCCUACAGAAGGUGAAACGGGUCCCAGGCACCCACGUUUUCGGCGAAGGGCUAACGAGUUUUUGCAUCGUGGCGAGUACUCUGUGUGUGACAGCGAGGGGCGCUGGGUCACCAAUCUGACCAAUGCCACAGACAUGGGGGGCAAUGAAGUCACAGUGCUGCCACACGUUCGUAUCAACAACGUCGUCAAGAGCCAACUCUUCUUUGAGACCACGUGCCGCGUGUCUAAACCCAGUGGGUCUCCCAAGGCAGGUCAGGGAGCCAGUGGUGUUAAAGCUGGAACCUCGAGCUGUCGUGGUAUUGACCAUAGACACUGGAACUCUUAUUGCACCAACACGCACACCUUCGUGCGGGCGCUCACGUCCUACAAAAAUCAGAUCGCCUGGAGGUUCAUCCGAAUCAACGCUGCAUGUGUAUGCGUGCUAAGCCGCAACUCAUGGAGGCUUUGACUGAUAAAUUUACUAGUAUCUCAGCAAGCCCACUGCAGCCUCCUGUCCUACAUCCUGUCCCAUCCGUUGAUCAUAACUGCCUUACUGCCAACAAUGGUGUAUGAGAACUCACCCCUUUCCCAGUCCCCUCCUACCCUACCUCACUCUGUAAAUUAUUGUAUAAGUUAUGAGGACUGCAUCACAUAUUUAUAUAGUUUAUAUGGUCAGAAUAUAAAUAUAAAAUAUAAAUAUAUAUAUAAAUAUAUAUGUUUGUAUAUAUACAUAUAUACAAGGAAGCGUUUAUUGUGUUGUUGAUUCUUUAUUUAUUAAACACCUCACAUUAGUAUGACUUUGUCUACAAUUCUUAUUGUAUAAAAGUUAAUAUGUUCACAUGAAAAACUGACCCAUAUUUUAAUUUAAAUUUGUUUGUUUUUUAACUGUAAACAAAAGAGCAAAAAAAAUAUAACAUGUUAACUGUAAUAUAGGAUUUGCUAUACUAUUAUUUAUGAUCGUCUAAACAGAAGUAACUAUACUAUUAAUUAAAGCUGCAAGCAGCGAUGGAAGGGCACUGCCACCCGAUGGUGUUAGGAUAAACAGUGAACAGUGGAGAUAUGAAUUUUAGUCUGUAAAUAUAUGUGAAUAUUCAAAGGAAAUUUGAUGUACCACACCACCUGUUGGCAGCAGGUGGCGCUAUGACUGUAAGUGAUUAUUGUUAUAUUGAUGUGUUUAGGCCAGGACCCUUGUAAAACGUAUGAAAUCUAAAACCA